GCCGCCAAAGACGACAUUUUGCCGGACUUGCACGCGCACCCUUGUCAAGUUACUAUUCUAGUCUAGUGUAUAAUAAUGCACCGACAGGGAAGAAAUCUCUAUGUCCACAAUCGCCUUCCCUCAAAAAAAGAAUAAGGAAAAUUACCUUCCCACCGCCGGCAGCGAACGACGCUUUGCCUCGGUGGCUCAUUGCUCAGUUCCCUAUGACCAGCACGCCCACCGUUACCAAGUCGCCGCCGGCGCUCAUCCCGCCGGCGGGGCCUACCCCCUGCGGCACCCUCCCGCUCUCCUCCAUUGACAAGACCGUCGCCGGCUCCGGCUUUGUGAACCUUAUACAGGUCUUUCCCCCGCCCUCGGUCUCCGCCGCGCGCAAGGACCAGGGCGCCGUCGCGGCCGUGGCCGCAAUGCGCAACGGGUUCGCGAGGGCGCUUGUACCGUACUAUCCGGUGGCCGGCCGAGUCGCCUCAAGCGGUCUCGCCGUGGACUGCACCGGAGAGGGCAUCUGGUUCGUGGAGGCAGCCGCGAGCUGCGCGCUCGCCGACGUCGACGGCCUCGACUGCUUCCCUCUGCUCAUCCCAGGAGAGCUCCUCCUCCCAGGUCCUCCCCCUGGCGAGAAGCUCAACCACCACAUCCUCAUGGUCCAGGCGACGAGGUUCACCUGCGGUGGGUUCGCCGUCGGGAUCCGUUUCAGCCACGCGGUGUUCGACGGGCAUGGGGCUGCGCAGUUCCUUACGGCGGCGGGGGAGCUAGCGCGGGGGCUCAAGGCGCCGUCAGUGGCUCCGGUGUGGGACCGCGACGCGAUCCCAGAAGCUCCAAGCCCGACGCCGUCGCCGGGGCAGCUCACGGAGUUGAGGCUGGUGACCCAGGUGGCCGACAUCUCGGCGGAGAGCAUCGCGCGCGUCAAGGACGAGUUCAAGCAGGCUGCCGCGACAUGUUCGACGCGGGAUGUGUGCUCCACCUUUGACGUGGUGACGGUCAUGGUGCUCAAAUGCCGCACGCUGGCGCUGGCGUCGGCGCUCCCUGACGACGCCGAGGUACGGAUGGCCUUCGCCGCCAGCACGCGGCACCUUCUCCGCGGCGUGCUGCCGACGGUGGAGGGCUACUACGGCAACUGCGUGUUCCUGGCGUGCCUCACGAGGACUGCCAGGGCCGUCCGGGAGGCCACGCUGGCGGAGGUCGUCGGCGCGGUACGGGAGGCCAAGGAGGAGGUUCCCGCUCGGUUCGCGGGCUGGAUGCGCGGCGUCGAGCAGUACGACGUGCCGCCGCUGGACUACAGCACAGUGAUCUUGUCGGACUGGAGUCGUCUCGGCUUCGACGAGGUGGACUACGGCUUCGGCGCGCCAGGGUACGUGUUCCCGCUCAACAACCACGUCAACUUCGUCGCGGCGCUCAACUAUGUCAGGCCGCCGGCGCCCAGGCGUGGGGGCAUCCGGGUGGUGCUCCGCUGUGUCGAGGAGCCUCAUGCCGCCGCGUUCGCCGUCGAGCUCGCCAAGUUCGCCUAGAUGCAACGCAUUCAGGCUUCCCAUUUCCUCGACAUGUCCGUCCAUUAAUGUGAAACUGCGCAGUUGCCUGCAAUUUCUUUUUUAAACUUUCCCUCCUUUAUUCCAAUCUAAAACAGUAGUAUCAUUUAAGGAGAGAACCUCAGGAGGUGUUGAAUGUAACCAAUAACUAGGAGAAAAAAAUUUAACUAGCCUAGCCAGUUCAUGGACUA